UUGCAUUCAUAAACGGAUGUGAUAGUUAAGUAUUGAAUGUACUGUACAGAUAUAGACAGAACUUGAACCAUGGCGGAAGAAGACGACACGAAAAUUCGGAUUUUACAAAGUCUACGGGGAAAGAUCUGUGAAGCAAAGAACCUAGGUCCAAGCUCGGGGCCCACGCGAUUGCGUGACGUCUCCACCUUCUGCACCAUCAGCCUGGACCAAGAGGAGGUGUUCCGCACAAAAGUGUUCGAGAAAACCUUAAGCCCGUUCUAUGGAGAGGACUUUUACUUUGAAAUCCCUCGGCCAUUUCAGUGUCUUUCCUUCUAUGUGUACUCCAAGAGCGUUUUUCAAAGGGAUCUGCCAGUAGGUAAAGUGUCGAUAAGGAAAGAAGAUCUCUGUAAGAUCAGUGGCAGGGAGAACUGGUUCACCCUACAGCCCGUGGAUCCCAACUCCCAGGUCCAGGGGAAGGUGCAUUUGGAGAUGAGGCUGAAUGAGCUGAUAACAGAGAAUGGUUCGCUCGGUCAGCAGUUGUCAGUUCGGAUUAUCGCGUGCCAGGGCUUGCCUCUAAUCAGCGGACAGAACUGCGACCCAUAUGCCACCGUCGCCCUCGUUGGCCCCGCCAGGUCUGACCAGAAGAAAACAAAAGUUAAGAAGAAAACAAGUGACCCCCAGUUUGAGGAGACAUUUUACUUCGAGGUCACACGCUCCAGCAACUACAAGAAGUCGCAGUUCCCGGUGGAAGAGGAGGACAUUGAGAAGUUGGCCAUCAAGGUCGAUCUGUGGAACAAUGGGAAUCUGGCACAGGACGUGUUUCUGGGGGAGACGCGGGUGUCACUGAAGAUCCUGAAAAAUGACCACGUCCAUCGAGCCUGGUACCUGCUCCUGCCCAAGGGGAAUGGCAACAAGACCAAGGUGGACGACCUGGGCUCGCUGCGGCUCAAUGUCACCUACACGGAGGACACGGUGCUGCCCUCUGCCUGUUACGCCUCGCUGCGCACUCUGCUGAUGAAGUCGCCCGACGUCAAGACUAAUUGUGAAUGUGCAAUGGCACUACAACUCCCAUGUGUAGGAGCAUGUGCCGUAUAUGAGAAUGCUUUCACACCGGGCAGAAGUAACACAGUAUGUCCCAUCUCUGCGUCUGCAGCCCAUAUCCUGGGUGACGUGUGUCGUGAUCAGAACGAGGCCAUGCUGCCUGUGGUUCGCCUGCUGCUGCAUCACAACCGCCUGCUGCCCUUUGUGUCCGCCAUCGCCGAGCUGGAGCUCGAACACACACAGGAAGCCAACACCAUUUUCCGGGGAAACACUCUGGCCACCCGCUGUAUUGACGACAUGAUGAAGAUUGUGGGCCGAAGCUACCUGAUGGUCACUCUGAAGUCAGUACUGGAUGAGAUUUGUGACUCCAAUAAGUCGUGUGAGAUUGAUCCCAUCAAGUUAAAAGAGGGCGACAAUGUGGAGGCUAACAAGGAGAAUCUCCAGGGUUAUGUCCAGAAGGUCUUCUCUUCCAUCACCCAGUCUAGUGCCAGCUGCCCGCCGUUAAUGUGUGACGUCUUCAGGUCCCUCCGGCAGAUGGCAUCCAAACGCUUCCCUGCGGACCCUCAUGUCCAGUACUCGGCGGUCAGUAGCUUUGUGUUCCUGCGGUUCUUUGCUGUGGCUGUCCUCACUCCACACACGUUUCAGCUGCGGCCUCAUCAUCCUGACCCUGAGAUCUCCCGCACACUGACCCUCAUCUCCAAGACCAUACAGACACUGGGCAGCUGGGGCAGCCUGUCAAAAACCAAGCUGUCGAGCUUCAAGGAGACCUACAUGUAUGACUUCUUUAAAUCAUUCCAAGAAGAUCAGUGUAUAGAGAAAGUGAAAAAGUUCUUAGAUGACAUCUCCUCCAAUGUGAGCAAGGAGUCCAGUGGGCUGGAGGAUUCGCUGGUCCUUAAGGAGGGGGAAGUGCACAAGCGAGCACAGGGAAGGAAGCGGCUGGGAAAGAAGAACUUCAAGAAGCGCUGGCUCCGCGUGACCAACCGGGAGCUGUCCUAUCACAAGCAUCGAGGGAAGGAGGCCUUGUUUGUGAUUUCAGUCAAGAGCAUCCUGGGAGUGGAGAAGGUGGACGAGAGUGCCUUCAACCGCAAAAACAUGUUCCAGGUGAUCCACUCAGAGAAGCCUCUAUACGUGCAGGCUGGGAACUGCGUGGAGGCGAGCGAGUGGAUCGAGAUGCUGAGCCAGGUGAGCCGCUGCAACCCGGAGCGCCUGAGCACCUACCACCCGUCGGCCUACGUCACCGGCACCUGGCUCUGCUGCCGCGCCACCAGUGAGAACCAGCCUGGCUGCAAGCCCUGCACCAUGAGCAUGCCGGUCAACAUUCAGCUGGACAUUGACUGUGACCGUGAGACGGAGCGAAUCUUCUCCAUGCUCACCGCCAACCUGACCAAGCUGCAGAAGAUGGAAGACGCCUGUGCCAGUCUUUCUGUGUACCUGGGCCAGCAGAAGGAGCAGGAGGAGUACUCGCUCUUCACCAUACAGGACCCCAAGGAGACGUUCGGCACCAUCCAGCACAUCCGCACCGUGCUGGAUGAACUGCAGGCCCACCACGACACACACGGGGCCCUCGCCGACGAGCCCGGCUCCAUGGAGAACCCUAUAGUGGGGAAGACGUCCUAACGGUGUCUGUGGACAGUGAAAGAGAACAUGGUCUGCACUGAGACCUCCACACCAGCAGGGGAGGCUGCUCGUCCACACACAGACGAGGUGGAGUCGCAGCAAGGGACGAGAGUGAGGACCACAGCACCUCACCACUCUUGCCUCACUUGCCCCCCCACCACCACCACCCACCACAAUGCCAAGUCUUGGCCAAUCAAUUGAGGCUGUGUUGAUCAGCUGACCUGUCAUCAUCCUAUCACCAAUCAAGGGCUUGGGUUUGGUUGAUGAUUUUUUUAUAUUCAUUUUCUUUCCCAUUUUAGACAAUUGAACAAGCUAAAAUGUUUCCCACUAGUGCCUCGAUCCAGCUAUCAAUGGCCAACUCUCUUAUCAGAGAAUGCUCUCCUGCGGUGGAGAGCAGAGCCUGUUGGUUUUGGACACAUUCUAUGUGCUGUGAACAUGCGGGAGAGAAAAGAAAAGUGACAGACAUCACUCGGGUCAGUCAGUCUGUGUGAUGAAGGCUGCUAAAUCUCAACUGUUUUUUUUUUUGUUUUUUUCUUCAGUUUGUCUUUUGGAAAAAUCUCACCUUCUGAGCAAUCAUCGAGACCUCAGCUCUCCGGUCACCUCUCCUUCAGGGCCUUGAUAUCUCGGGUACUGCACUCAGAGAGAGCAUUCCUCCAUAUCGGCCAUUCCUCUGUCCCUAAACACUCUCUCUUUCUUUUCUGCUCUGUACUUCUCUGUUGUCUCUCUAUUGCUCUAUUCACUUUCUCUCUUUCUAUUCUCUCUCUCUCUCUCUAUGAGGAUGCCGUUGGUCUGCCUUAAGUUCUGGUUGGAUGUAUUCCCCUGCUCCAGCCUCCUCUGGCUUAGGGAAUUAUGCUCAAGCACUUUAGACAUUUGGAACGUUCCAGAUGAAAUCAUUUAGAUACGUGGUAUCAACCUGCUCCCUCUACGGAUCAGUUUUAAUGAUCAUCAGUCGCUUGUGUAAGUCUUGUAUAUUGACAUUUGUACGUCUGUAGAUUUUUUUUUUUUUUUUAAAGAAUGAAAUAUUAGCUAUUUUUCUUAUGCCAAAGAUGACCAUUUCGUGGGGUUGACAACUUGAGAAAAAGAUUUUAAAGUGUAUUUUAAAUACCGACAUUCUGAAGAAAAAAGAUUAUCCAUAUCCAGUGAUGUGCUCCAUUCUUGUGUUUAUUUGUAAAUCCUUAUUUUUACAUAAACAUGUUUUUUUGUUCAGUGAACUGUCAUUCAUAACAGAGCUGAAUCAUUAAUCUGGCCUUCAUGUCUUCAAAUCAUGUUUUUUUUUUUUUGUUUGUUUGUUUGGUUGUUUAUUAAAGAAUGGCUUCAAAGGUUCCUUUUACACUCCCAGGUAAAUAUAUGAAUAAUAAGGUGUGGUGUGAGAACAGCAUGUGACAUGGCUCUGGUAGACAGCAAAGAUUCUAGAACGGAGCUCCACUCUAGAAUCUUUUGUAGACAGUACUAUGAUGUCAUAACCCUGCCAGUCACACCUUUUUAGGGUUCUGAUUGGUCCUGUUGUCACCUUCUGCAUGGAAACUCAACUGAACUCAACUUCCUUUUUUUGGAAUCAAACUCAAAAUGUCAGUUAAACACAGUUAAAUCUAGUGACUUUGCCUUUUUAAGAAAAAAGAAAAAAUGUGUCUGUUGUCUUAUACAGUUCUAUUUUUACACUCUUUGAUCAUUUCAUCCGCACCCAUCGACUGGUCUAGUUUUACUAUUGAUGAGUGGCAGAAAUAUGUAUCAAAGUGGAAUAAGUCGUGUACCACACCAUAGCACAGGGUCUAUAAUGCUUCUCCCAUGUUGUUGCUUGAGGCGGAAAAAAAAGUCUGGUCCAUCAACUAUUUCUGUGUGCUUCUUCAUUGUAUUUAAUGUUUUUUUUUUGUUUGUUUAGAUGUCUUAUUUUUUUUCUUUUCUUUUUAGAAGAUCUGUAUGUUUUAACACACACUGUGAGCUGAUCACUUUGUAAAACGUGUUACUUUGAUGGUACCUUUUUUAAGUGAAUAAAUAAUUUUAACACUCA